UAUGAAAAAAGAUCUCAAAUAGACCAUUCAUCGGCAUUGCGCCUUAUAGUCUGGUGCGCCCUAUGGUCCAGAAAAUACGGUAGGUGACAAAGCGUGCUAUAUUCGACAUUUCUGUCACGAGCGCGGUUGCAGCAGACAAUAGGAAGGUGAUGAGUAAAAAUAAUGUUAUAUAAUAUAAACACAAAACACACUCACAAAAGGAGUGGGGAAAAGAACAAAAGAAGGCGAGUGCAGCUAAAAAGGACACAAGACACAGAACUUCUUUUGGAAAACAAUAAACACGCAAAACAUAUGUCGGUAAUGACCCAAAUCCGUCAGGAAAUUUUUCUAAAUCUACCAAACAUUUUACGAACCCCUGCGGUGGGUCAGGACCCGCUGUUAAAGAACUUUGGGCUAUAAAACAUGUGUGAGAGCCACUGCUGUAGAGCAACUAGCAUGGUAAUGAUUACAAAAAAUCCACAAUAUUUUUGUAAAACAUCUACGAAAUUUAAAUGUGUUUUCCAUAAUAACAUAUGAUAGUUUAUUAUUUUUUUUAAAUCCAGUUACCCACUAAGCCAGGAGUCGGGAACCUUUUUGGCUGAGAGAGCCAUACAAGCCAAAUAUUUUUUAAAGUAUUUCCGUGAGAGCGAUAUCAUUUUUUUUUUUUUUUUAACACUGAAUACAACUAUAUGCAUACAUUUUUAAGAAAGACCAACAUUUUUAGAGUAUAAUAAGUCUCUUAUUAUUUUUAAUAACAUUGUUAUUCUGAGGCUAACCAGAAAUAAAUAAAAUACUUCUUACCCUUAAUGCGACUUCUUGAACAGGUGCGGUAGGAACCGGAUGGAUGGAUGAAAAUGCAUGAGAAUGUUUUAUAUUUUCAACGUUAUUUUUGACACUGUGAUUACCAGCGGAAUUAUUCAAUACUUAUCGUGUUAAGCAAUGUCAGCUACGAUUUAUCUGAGAGCCAGAUGCAGUCAUCAAAAGAGCCACAUCUGGCUCGAGAGCCAUAGGUUCCCUACCCCUGCACUAAGCACGGCCUCUAAUUGUUGGUGCAAUGCCACUUACCUCCUACAGGGGUCAGCGUUGCUCAAAUACAGUGCAAUCUCUGAAGCUGGCCUGCAAGUAAACCAAGAAAAAUCAAAUCUUAGCAACCAAAACAUUCAAAAAUAAUUGAUACUUUUUGACACACAAACAUACACACAUAUAUUUUUGUAGUUCUACGAGAAGGUAUUUUUAGAAUUACUGGGAGAAUGUGUUUCAAAAAUAAACAUCCACGUUGUUAUAUUGCUCCUGAUGCAUUAUUAGCAGUGCCUGGCACAGAAGGCUUAGCUCAACAGCAGCCUUGUUUCAGCCACUUUUAGAGGAAUUCCUGUCAUGUUGUGCUCACGUAAGAAAGACUUUCAGCUCGCUUGAGUUGAGAGGGCUUAAAACUCAGAUCCCCUGCUCAUUAGUGGCAACCACAGACUGGUGGUCUGAGGCCUUAGCGAGAGGCCAUGGUGACCGUAAACGCGGUCCUGAAGGCGGUGAGCUUGUUUGUGGCCGAGUUCAUCAGCUCCGUCACAGACUGGUUCCAGACCUCGCCGACAUGGGCCAACCUGGAGGUGCUGGAGAACACAGAGCUGAAGACCACUGGAGGAGUUCAUGAGCGACACAGGGCCAGAACUCUUUGGGAGAAGACCGGAGCGGUGGUCAUGGUGGUCCGACGGCCGGGAUGAUUGCUGUGCAGAGAGGAGGCUGCAGAGCUGUCCUCUCUCAAGUCCCAGCUACAGGACCUGGAGGUGCCCCUCUUUGCUGUGGUCAAAGAAAACCUGGGCAAGGAGCUGGACGGCUUCAAGAAGUACUUCACUGGGAAGGUCUUCGUGGAUCAGAUGAGACAUUUUUACGGUCCUCAAGAGCGCUGGAUGUUUCUUUCCAUGUUCCUGCACAUUGGAGUGUGGAGGAACCUGUGGAGGGCCUACCGCAGGGGCUUCAGGGGAAACCUAAGAGGCGAAGGACUCGUGCUGGGGGGAGUCUUUGUCAUUGGGCCAGGAGAUCAGGGUAUUCUGCUGGAACACCGCGAGAAAGAGUUCGGAGAUAAAGUCAACAUGUUGGCCGUCCUCAAAACUGUCCGCAAAAUGAGAGACGACAUGAAAACAUAAACCUCAAAUUGUAUAGAAUAAUGUGUACUACCGGUGAAAGUUGACUAAUCCAUUGUGAGCAACAACACACACUUUGAAGAGUUUGCCGCCUCAUUACUUCUGCCAAGAAGGCCGCGUUGGGACUUUUGUGCACUUUAAUGAAGAUCUGACUCGAAACUCUUGACGAGGGAUCAGCUCUGAUGUCUGCGUACAAAUAACAACGCAGCCUCCCUGACUACAUUUUGGGGACGAACAGACAGUUAAAGUGGUGUUGUUUUUAGACAAAUGUGAUUGUACAACAAUAAAGCAGUAACGUACACAACAUAAUUACCUAUUUGUGU